AUGUCCACCCCCACCACCGAAACCACCACCCCCUCCCCACCCCUCAAAUCCUGGGGCCAAGACACCUCCCGCCUCGACGGCAAAGUCGCCCUCGUAACCGGCUCCGGCCGCGGAAUCGGCUCAGCAAUCGCCAUCGAGCUCGCCCGUCGCGGCGCAAAAGUAAUAAUCAACUACGCCCACUCCUCCACCGCAGCCCAAUCCAUCGUCGACACCAUCCUCUCCCACGGAGGAGAAGCCCUCGCCAUCCAAGCCGACAUAGGAAACGUCUCCGAAACCAUCCGUCUGAUGGAUUCCGCCGUAGAACAUUUCGGCCAAUUAGACAUCGUCUGUUCGAAUUCCGGCGUCGUGUCUUUUGGUCAUUUGAAGGAUGUCACAGAAGAAGAAUACGACCGCGUCAUGCGCAUCAACACCCGCGGACAAUUUUUCGUCGCCCGAGAAGCCUACAAACACCUUUCCGUCGGUGGGAGAAUAAUUCUCAUGGGUUCCAUCACGGGUCAGGCGAAAGGUGUACCCAAACAUGCGGUGUAUUCGGGCUCCAAGGGCGCGAUUGAGACGUUUGUGAGAUGUAUGGCGAUUGAUUGUGGAGAUAAGAAAAUUACGGUGAAUUGUGUGGCGCCGGGGGGGAUUAAGACGGAUAUGUAUCAUGCGGUUUGUAAGGAGUAUAUUCCUGGGGGGGAGAAGUUGUCGGAUGAUGAGGUUGAUGAGUACGCAAAAACUUGGUCACCAGUCGCUCGAGUGGGUCAACCCAUCGACAUCGCCCGCGUCGUCGGUUUCCUGGCUUCUCAAGAUGGCGAAUGGGUCAAUGGCAAAGUCAUCGGAAUCGACGGUGCUGCAUGCAUGUAA